GCAAAACGGCCCGGUGCUGGACCGAUGGAGUAUCUGCUCGGCUGAGGAGGAGCCGCUGGUCCUACAGCAGUUCCUCAGAUUUGCCGAGACGCGUCCCUUCGUGCAGCAGCUCCUGCUCGCCGCAGGUGGUGGCGCUGGUGGUGUUUCGUCCGGUUCAUCGGAUGUUAUGUCACCGAGCAGGCGACCGUCGCCCCCGACGAUGCCGUUAGCUCAUCUACCGCCACCGCUGCAUCUAUUGCACUGUGGCCUACCACCCCCGGGUUCGAGACUGCCACAUCCUUUGCCUCCGCCCCCACCCCACUCAAUAUCGCACUCGUCCUUGUCGCCAACGACUCAGAAGCACUAUACCUCCUCGUCGGGUAGCUCCUUGACUGCAAGCAGGGCGAGUUCUCCACCAAGAUCUCUCGAGGCGGCUGGCUGUAACUUUACUUCACCGCUCAAUAGACUACAGAGUAUGCAGCCCUUUGACUUCCGGAAGCUUGGCACCCUAGGCUUACCGGCAUUCCCGCCGAUACCGGCGCCUCCGUCCACCGAAUCUCUACUGCAUUCCUCACGCAAAUCAUCAUCGAGACACCCGCAGAGUCCGCACAGCCCGACAUCGCUAAGGCCUCCCGUCCCCGUGGCUGCAGUUUCCUCGUCUUCGCUGGCGUUCGGCCAUCCACUAGCUGUAGCGGUCUCGUCGGGUGCUCUGCCACCAAGCUUCCAUGGACACUAUCCACCAUCAAUUAUGAGUAAGGCCUCCAGCAUAGGUAUGGCCGCUUCGAGCGUCGACGUGCACAGCGGCGGAGAAAAAAGCAGCGAAUUUGGCUCCGAUGACGACGAAGACGACGACGAGAAUUCCGGAAGUGCGCUUAACUUGAGUAGGAGAGAUACAGCGGCGAAGCAUAAUUCUGAACAACAGCGGCAUACAUCCAUGUCUAUGCACCACGCUCCUUUAGGUAGACCACCAGGUGUUCCGGGAAGGAAACCAAAUUCACCAGGGAAAAGACAUCAGUGGGGGGCAUCGCCGAACAUACCCCCGAACCUAGGCACACCCUUCAUCAAUCCCGCUACUGGAAAGAAGCGAGUUCAGUGCAAUGUCUGCCUGAAAACCUUUUGCGAUAAAGGCGCAUUGAAGAUUCAUUUUAGCGCAGUGCAUCUAAGAGAAAUGCAUCAGUGCACAGUCAAAGGAUGUAGCAUGAUGUUCAGCUCGAGGCGCUCAAGGAAUCGUCAUAGUGCCAAUCCGAAUCCUAAAUUACACUCGCCGCAUCUUAGGAGGAAGAUUUCGCCGCACGACGGUCGUUCAUCCAUGGCUCAUGCCCUAGUUCUACCACCGCAGGCCGGACUUCCACUUCCGCCAAGUGGUUUGAAUCAUCUACCUUUCGGAUCGUUUCCCCUGCUUACUCCGCCUCCGGAUCUCCGUUCGCCGGCCUCGCUUUGCGCUCUGGACUUCAAGCAUCUUGAUCUCUCCUCGACCCAAAACCAAGCGAGAUCGUACGAGGAAGCCGUUGCUCAGCAACGAAUGGCAACGUCAACCGUAGCUGGCACGACGACCGCAACUACAACGAGCAUUCCACCAUCGACUUUAUCGGUUAAUACAACAAUAACUACUAGAGCGUCGAGUGCUUGCAACGUCUCCGUUAUUUCACCUACAUCGCAAAACCGAUCUGUAACUCUAGAUGGCGAGGACGACGAUGACGACGACGAUGACGAUGGCAUUGUCGUGGUCGGCGAUGAUGACGGAAUUUUACCGACAGGAUUACCUAGCUUGAGAGAUGAUAAUGAUCAGCCAGCUGACUUUAGUUUGGCGAAGCGACCUAAACUUUUCCUCGGUGACCACGUGGACGACGAAUUAAUUAGCAACGCUGAUAGCAACGAAGAUAACGAUUCCAUGAGUACAGUCGAUCAACACUCAUAUACAAUAAAUGCUCACUCGCUUAAUUCGGCCUUCCAUAGCCGAGGAGUUAGAAAACGAAAAUCUCAGCAUCCGACGAGAUGCACCGUUCCCGCUGAGACGCAUUCAUCGUCAACGGAUGGAGACUCCUCGAACGAUGCAGUCUUUCAGGAUCAACCGGAAGACAUGUCGAUGUCACGAUUAGAGGCUGAAGAUAGAAAACACUCUCCUUCACCGAAGGAGCAACGUGUGGCUAGCUCGCCAAUUACUCAAAAUGAUUGCAACUCUAGAUUAUCCGACUUACAACGCGAAACAGAAUCAACAUCGGCCAAUGAUGGAGAGAAGAAACGUCGAUCGGAACACUUGCAAGAUGAACCGCGGGACUUAAGCUCGCGAGCAAGCAGCGCCAGAUCAUCCAAGAGUCUGGCUAGUCCAGAAUCAAAGUAUUCAACUUAUCAAGAUCUCACACUUAAAAGUCUAGAAAAUACUUCGGCUUGGGAACUAAAUUCUAGCGAGACAUCGACGGACGGCAAAAGAAAAAGUUCCAAACAUUCAGAAAGGAAUUCGAUGACUGGCGAAACGGAAAAAUCCUUAAAAAUAAAGGAGGAGGGUAGAAGAUACGAAGAGAAGCUUCCCAAACAGCGUGACAAUGAGAACGAAGAGCCGAUGGACGAUGUCCCGGAGAACAGCGGUAGCAACAUUCUUGACGAGGAUAUGGAGGACGAGGACGCCGAGGCAGAAACAGAGACCGAGGAGGCUGAGCGAACGCUACGCAAUCAAGAAGGUGAGCCCACCCUGGUUACCUCUCGUGCCCCAAGCUCGAUCGACAGCCACCCGACCACUGCCGACGACCUAUCCCUCGACUCCUCGAAUGCUUUGCGUCAACUCGAGUCCUUGUCGCAGGGUCGCAUCACGCUGCCGUACGGCUUGGCGGCGCGGGAGGUGGAAGUGCUGGAGGAGGAGGAGGAAGUCGAGGAGGAGGAGAUGGAACAGGGGGCGGAGGAGGAGGAGGAGGCGGUGGAGGAGGAGGAGUCCACGGAGGAGGAGAAGGUGCCUUCGAGGUCUGGCCAUCGCUCUAUCAGCCCCGCCAGCCUCACGAUGCACCAGGACAUCACCCUGGACAACUCCUCUCAUGGCUCACGCUCAUCCAGCGCCUCGCCCUCCACAGCGGCCAUGGAUAUGGACAAUAGUCUCGUGGCUUACGCGCGUUACGAGAACGGCGGCUUCGUCGUCAGCGGACAGGACGUGCCUCUGGACCGAGAGAAUCCCCGCAGGUGCACCGCCUGCGGCAAAGUCUUUCAGAAUCACUUUGGCGUCAAAACCCACUAUCAGAACGUGCACCUCAAACUCAUGCACAGAUGCAGCGUCGAGGGCUGUAACGCGGCCUUCCCUUCCAAACGCUCGCGCGACAGGCACUCGGCCAAUUUGAAUUUACAUAGAAAGCUACUCUCUACGUCGUCGAGUCCGCCGCUCUCGACUUCACUGCCGUCAAAUCUCUCUCCAAGAGCCGAUGACCCGCAGCUAAAUCCGAUGCUGCAUAGCGAGUUCCUAGCGAGGCUCUACGCCGAUGCCGGAAUCGGUCCACUCGGACCCUAUCCCCUUGCGCCGGCUGGUUUGUCCAGUGCCGCCAUGGAUUUGGCUGCCAGGAUUCCGGCACCCCAUCCAUUGUUGCUGCCAACGCAGUUAGGUGCCACAUUUCCUGGACUCUCUUCGGCUUUUGCCAGUCACUUUGCCGGGUUCAACGGCUUGGCACAUCAGCGUCUUAACCAUCUGAACCAGCUGACAAGGCUGGCGCAUGAGCACGAUAACCGUCCUGCAGACUCGCCGGACUCGCCCUCGAAUGCUGUUUUAGACGAGCGAAGGAAUGUCGGCAAAGAGGAGGCAAGAUGCACGGUGCCGGGCUGUCAACGCGUCUUCAUAUCACAGGCCGUAAGGGAUGCACACUCGCGUGACCCCCAAGCUCACAGGGAUCUGCCGAUUAUUUCAUCCAGUGGGUCGUGACCGUUUCUAAUGCAUCGCGCAACGAUGCCGCUUGGGCGGGUCUAUCCAUUACUGUGAUGCCAAAACGCUGAUGUUUUAUGGAAUUAUACUGUGCAAUAAGCUACGAUAGGAGUCGGAAGGACUUUUCUUUUCUUAGACGUAUGUGAUGAUGUCCUUCUUUCUCGAUUUCGCCAUGAUUUAUGUAGCGGCGAAUCGCUUUGUACUAUACCUCCAAUGAGCAGUGUUUUCAUUUCAUGGAUGACACUUAUAGUCUGAAAAAAUUGUAUAAAUGAUUUAAAGAGUAUGUUGUAAGAUAAAAAAAACUGAACAUAAUAACCUCGAAUAGCUCUCCAUCGUUUACGAGAUAAUGUUUCGUCCUCAUUUUAAGAGUAGUAUAAUAGCGCGUUAAAUCGUGCAGCUCGUUGUGUUAUGUGCAAAUUUUGUUCGUUAUAAGCUUCGCGUAAUGAGAAAUUAUAAGACAAAGAUAUUUCAAAAACGCGAUCGGCCGAGUAUUUCCAAAAUAUAAAAAAAAACGAUAAGGGUAAGGCGGCGGCAAAAAUGUCAGCGUUUGGCCCCUUAUCGUUAUUGUGAUAACGUCAAUGGUCUGUAGCAAAAAUAAGAAAAAAUAUGCUGUCUGCUUAAUCCAUUGAAUAAAUUAGUAUCAUCACUGUAUAUACGCACACCUAAUCGAUGUAUCGCGUAACAAUUGUUAAAUUAUAUGGAAUUUAAAUGCAUGUAUAUAUAUAUAUAUAUAUAUAUA